UUGGUACCAGACCGUAAACAUUAUGAUUCCGCGCCACACGUCAAAAUCGUACUCGAGAAACGAGGAAGAAGUUUGAAGUUUUCUUUGUACUGCAAAUUGCCUGCAGAAUGGAGCGAAAUGUAUUCAGUUUAAUUAAUCGACACCAGAAUUUCGAAGCACUUUUGAAAGAGGCCAGUGACGAAGUCUUUUGUCCUGAGAACAGCACCCAAGCCUCUUCGGAGACUUCUGGUUCGUCCCUGGCCACAGUAAUUGACAACAGAAGUCCAAAUUUAUCAAUUGACGCCUGCCUGUCCUGCAUCCAAGCUCAGUCACACCUUUCAGGCACGCCUGUACCCACGGUCGCCGCAAUAGAGUGUGCCAAGGAGCUGUGCAGGCUUCUGCAGGCAACUCAGUGUAUCGACAGUGACGAGCAAAAGAGAAGCGUCAAGUGCCUCAUAGCGAUCCUUAGAAUCUUAGCUGGUCGACUGCUUCUCCACAGGACUCUCUUCGUCGAACAGCUCGCCUCCAAGGUGGAAACUUUGCCAUUGGAGUUGCUAUGGCAACUGCAUGCCUGUUCGGCCGUCCCAUUGGACAGGUAUCUGGAGUUAAGUUUGGCCCGUCCGGCAGCCCUUGAGACUUUUGCCCGAAAUCUGUCUGACCUUUGCUUAAGAGUCGAUGAGUCUGACGAGUGCAGUGAGAUAAAAAAAGAUUUUUUGGAGGUUCUGCUAAGAUGCGGAUAUUCCAAAUCUGAGGAAGGCAUCGAUAUUGAACCAAGACUGGCCGUGGCAUGCCAGGACAUUCUUGACAAGAUUGUAUUAGAGCUGCUCAGAGCUCAGAACCAGACUAGCGAGAGUACACAGGAUCACCAUGUUGCCAAAAUGUUUGAGACAGUGCGACGCCACCCCAACAUCGACAAAGAUGCCAUCUCUAGAUUCUUCAGGAAACAGCUGCAAAGUCUUCUGUGCUGGAAGCCGGAGUGCGAUGUGACAACAGCUCUGACCAAGCAGCAUGACCACUGGACCUACUUUAAGGCACCGUCCAGCGAGACCAAGAUGUUCAUUCAGUUGCUUGUGACUAGUGAAGAGAAACAGAUAUGCUCUGUGCUGCGGGAAGUCGUGGAGAGAGAAAAGGUGAACUGGCAACUGACACUCAUUCUGGUGUCUGUUUUCUGCGUGUGUUUCCGGCAAGGCUCGGGACUCCUCAAAGCUCUGAUUGCUGACUUAUUAAAGGAGUCCCUAGAGGGCUCACAGCUGUUGCUUUUACACUCUGCAUUCCUACUGGCCAGACAAGCUGCUACAGAGGGGUCAUGUGAUUUCCGGUCAUACUCCCGAUGGUUUCAGGAUCAGUUCAGCACUGCGUCGGGUCCCCACGUUACAUCAAGUAAAACCUUUGCAUUCUUCAUGGAGUUUCUGAAUAGUCUGGUGCCACAUGAGCCCGUACAUUGCUUGAAGGCCCAUGUUAAGCAUCCCCCGUAUGCACCCCCCAAGAGUCGAGAAGUUCUCCAAGACUACAUAUCCUUGGCCAAGACAAGAAUUAUAGACUUCAAGGAAAGUUGGCAGACUAGUGGUGGCACUGGGGCAGGCACCAGUGGAAAAGCGCAGACAGGGAACCAGCUGGCCUUGGAUGAUGUUGAGGUUGCAGUGGCCCACUAUGAGAAGACAGGCCGCAUACAUGAAAAAGUCCUACAAUUAAGUAUUUUUGGAAGGCCAUAUUACAUUGGGCAAUUUCUGCCUGCCUUGUUGACUCCACGAAUGUUGCCAGAUAUUCCUGACAGCAAGAUGAAGCUUAUUGGAGCAUUGAAAAGUGAUGACAAAAUUCCUGUGUCUAUGUAUAACAAGUACACAGAAGCUUGUACCACUGAGAUCGAGACACUGUUAGAAGGUGUGUCAUCCGAGGACAUGGAUGACACGGCAGCGGAGCCGUUGAACCGUCUGCAAGAUUCCUUAGAUUCUCUGCCUCAGUUGCUGAUGAAGGACUCAACAAACACUCCUGACUAUGCAGACGUAGCCGGCCACAUGGCAUUGAUAUCAGAGAGACUGAGUACUGUUCUGCAAGAGCUGAAAAUCAUGCCUGCCAAUGCUAAUAGUAUAGAGGGCGCCAGUACCGUCAUCUUGGAUGUCAAUGUUAACACUGUCAUGGAGCCAGCGCUUAUGCAGGUCACGGAUCUGCUGGUGAGUAGCUUCUGUAAGGCCCACCUGCUGAUGGCCAAGGCAAAGCGUCCGUUCACAGCCGUUGCUGAGAGUUACGCCUCCAUGCUUGCUGCCCAGGGCUCCCUGCAUGCUGUCUUGUAUCACAGGUUGCAUACCCUCAUCUGUCACCAGGGGAAUGUCUUGGAAGAAGACCACAUAAACAGUUUAGCCAGCCUCCUUGUGCAUCUGAGUGCCCUGGGGGAGAGGCUGCCACCUGUCAAGCUGCAGACUCACAGCAAGCAAAGAUUGAGACAGCAGCAGGAUGGAGAACCAGACCAACUGCCUCUUCUCAACCUCAUAGCCAGGAAAAUUCCACUCAGCACUGGUGACACUAUGAAGUUUGCUCUCAAGUUCUUUGCUGCAGUUUUAACAUGUGCUUCUGACCUGCCCCAAUCCAGUCAAGAUCAGGUUGUGCCAGAAGUGCUCAAGAAAAAGUUUUGCUACCUGCGGCCAAGGUUGGACCAAGCAUACAAUCCGGACUUUGUCCUGACCUCCAGACACUCAGGUGGUGUCCUUCCUACCGGGACCCAGCCCGUGGUGUCGGGGGACAAGUCUGCUGAUGCAGUAGGGAAACUGCUUUCCAACCAAGAUCAGAUGACCUUUGAGGAGUGGUUGCACCAGGAGCUGAGGGUGCAUUUGUGCGAGGAUUGCCUCAACCAAACUCAAAGAAAGAAAUACUAUCACUGGGCCGUGUACAGCGUUUACCUUCCACAACUCAUACCGUCACCCAGUCAAGAGAAUCUCAGGGCAGCUUAUAGGAGAGCCAGCUCGGACAUACUGAAUGCCCUCCUAGAUAGAUAUGCCGAGCCUGUCGCAAAGAUUGGCGAACACUGCCCUCAUGGGGUGCUGCCAGGCCAGGGUGUGGAGAGAGCGUGCCGGUGCUCAAACUCUUGCCAAGAAGUGGUGCAGAUCUUGCAGGAACUUUUAUUAGUCUGGUCCCCAGUUGUGCCACAGUCAACGUCCCCUUCUGCCACACACUGCUCCUGGCUACUCACCGAGUUUGCAGCCAGACUCGAGUUACUGUCCAAAGCCAGGACAGAAACCGGUGUUGGUAACCAGUGGUGUGAGUUAGCAGCAGGAGCGGAGGUUUCCAACCAGAUUAUGUUGGCUCAGAGUCUUCCGCCUUACCUCCUGCUAACCGACUGCCUACGCAACCCUCCCAAACCAGCAGCACUCCAACAUUUGAUCAACUACAUCAAUACCCACCUGCGAGAGUGUUCCCAGGAAGGUUUUGGCAUCCUCAGUUAUGAAGUGGUUGCUGUCGUCUUGCAGGGUGUCUUGCAGCUACACUCAUAUUCGUCUCAGGUGGAUCCGGCAUGGUUGAAGAACAUAGUGUUGAUGGUGGACUCUCUCCUCCACGAAUGCCCCGUCUUUGCUCUCUCUGUCCUCCAUCACUGGGAUAUGCUGAAUCCACUGAUCAGUCAGCUGAAUGCAACGAGCACCGAUCAGCCGCGUCCCCUGGCCUCGCUGAACCUAUGGCACAAGUUGGUCCACGCAGCGUGCACCACCACAUCGGGAGCAUUCUACAUGUCAGCCAACAAAAUCCAAGAAGACACAUGCAUAAUGGUGGUGGUCAGCUCUGCGGUGCAGCUUUUUCAAAGGUCCGUCUCGACUGAAGAACUAACCAACAUCGAGAGGAAACUCAUCCAAGCUUUGGGAGAAAUAUUCAAAAGGGAGGAAAUCAGACGAUACUUGUUUGAGUGCCAUGCCGCUCACUCAGCGUGGCUUUUGCUGACUCACCCGGCUGAGAGCUCCAGGAUUGAAGCCCACUGCCGGGCAGCUGGGAGCUUGCUGAACCAACAGCCCAGCUGUCUCGGGGACUGCACCGGGGACACAGUCUUGAGGAGACAUGUCCUGCAGCAGUCUGUCACCAGCUUGUACCCAGUGGUUUGUUUCAGGAUCCUGCGCAGCGGUCAGUGCAAAGCCCUGCUGCAGCAAGUCAGCACUGACCCUGAGCAACUCGCCACUGUGGUGGGGCUGUACACCUCGCUCGUGCACCUGCACUGUCAGACCAGGUGGCCAAUUUCGGAUUCCCCUGGCCAGGCAGCGACAAUGACAGCUGGACAACAGAUUUUGGACUUGGAGUUUGUGCAUUCUUGCUUUGCUCUGGUCUGUCAACUCGUUGCCAACAGUUCACUGCGCACACUGUCUUCUGUGAAUGCACAGAUAUCGGCCGGCACCGAUCCAGAGGUGAGGAGUAUGAUAGCUCAAAGAUUCCAACAACGAUAGUCCUCCCCUUGUAAUCUCAACAG